GCGCAGUGAGAGGGGCUUGUUGACAGUCAUGCGGCUGAAGCAGAUCGUGCUUCGUGGGCAGUGACGCGAGGUCGGACCGAUCGGUGACCGGUGCCACCAUGUCGGCAGCGGGAGGUGAUGGCGACACGAACCCGCUGACCGUAUUCCAGAGGGUCAGUUCCAGGCCCGUGCACGGAGACUCGCCCGCAGGUCACCAAGUUCCUCCUGCCCGCAGCGGCCAUCGCUGCGUGGCAGACAACACUAACCUGUAUGUAUUCGGAGGAUACAACCCCGAUUACGACCACCCGCUCUUCAGAGAGCUGUGGCGCUACCACUUUGCCACCGGCCGCUGGCGGCAGAUCCAAACCGAGGGCUUCAUGCCCAGAGAGCUGGCGUCCAUGUCAGCGGUCCUACAUGGAAACAACCUGCUGGUGUUCGGAGGCACCGGAAUACCGUUCGGAGAAAACAGCGGCAACGACGUUCACGUGUGCAACCUGAAGUACAAGCGCUGGUCGUUGCUGGACUGCCACGGGAAGAAGCCCAACAGGAUUUAUGGACAGGCCAUGGUGAUUAUCAACGGUCUGCUCUACGUUUUCGGGGGCACGACGGGCUACAUCUACAGCACGGAUCUUCACCGGCUGGACCUCACCACGCGGGAGUGGAUCCACCUGAAGCCCAACAACCGUCCGGACGAUUUCCCGGAGGAGCGGUACAGGCACGAAAUUGCACAAGAUGGUGGGAGGAUCUACAUCCUGGGAGGCGGGACUUCCUGGACGUCCUUUCCUCUAGACAAGAUACACGCGUACAAUCUUGAGACGAAUUCUUGGGAGGAGAUCACGACCAAGCCUCACGACAAAAUAGGCUACCCGGCUCCGAGGAGAUGUCACAGUUGUGUGCAGAUACGGAACGAUGUGUUUAUAUGCGGGGGCUACGACGGCGAGAUGAUCUUGGCGGAUUUGUGGAAGAUUAAUUUACAGACCUUCCAGUGGGUCAAGCUGCCGGCGGCGAUGCCCGAGCCCGCCUACUUCCACUGCGCUGCCGUCACACCUGCAGGCUGCAUGUACAUCCACGGAGGGGUGGUAAACAUCCAGGAGAACAGGAGGACCGACUCCCUGUUCAAGAUCUGGCUGGUGGUGCCCAGUCUGCUGGAACACUGCUGGGAGAAGGUCCUCAAGGCGUUCCCACAUUUCCCGUCGCUCUCCUCGAGGCAACUGCUGAACCUGGGACUCACACAGGAGCUCAUCGAGAGACUGAGGUGAGCUGGAUCACCUUCAAACCAGCAACUGUGGAAUGCAUCUUCUGCUGCUGUGCCUGAACUGACUGCAGGUUUUAUGGAUUUUUACUUCCCUCAUUGCCUCGAUUCAUCAUGCUUUCAUCCGAGGGUCACUUGUUCCCAAGGUUUAAGAGUUUCAUUUAAUUUUUAGCUAUUUUAAGAAUUAUUUACAAAUAAAAUGUGUAUUUAAAUCGUAUUCUGGGGUCAUGAUCAUUUCAAUCUCAUUCAGUCUCCAUCAUGGAUGUUUAGAUGACGA